GCUCAAACUCCUCUUCAAUAUGGCGGCUAAUGUUCGUUCUUUGAUCAUUGACUUAUUUGAAAGCCCCGAUGGAACAGUUUAUGCGGUUCUUAUUGCCACGGUUAUUGUCGUUCUGACUACAGGUUUGUGUUUUAAAUAUUCAUAGUGUUUUGCCGACUGUUUGUAGUAGGGAACUGUUUACUUUGGUACGACAUUGUCCUACGACUUACUUCUUUUGGUUUCUUUUUAAAUUUGAUGACGUGUUUGGCUGGCCAUUAAUUUAAAGCACAGAAAAAUAAGCUAUUUGGAAACUACCGUAAAUCUCUAGUAAGCCCCCCGGGGGGGCUUAUUUAUUUCAAACACAUUUGGGUUGGGCGGGCUUAAUAGAGAUGGGGGGUUGUUUGUUUUAUUUUAAUUUAAAAAAGACAAUGGUAUCAGUUCUCCAUGAAGAACUAGAAUACAAAGUGGAAAAGCUUGAAGGUCAUGCAGCCGAGGAUCAAAAACAAUUCUGAACUUCCAGUUGGUGAAUAAACCAUCCUGGAUCAGUCCACACAGAGUUUUACAGUCGUGAUUGAUUAAUACAGGCUAUCAUUUAUUAGUGAAGAGUAAUAAAUUUUUUCCCUAGAAAAGAAGGGGGGAAUUAUUAAAGAGGGGGCACUUAAUAGAGGAUUUACGGUAAAUGGGUUAACUUUUGUUUUUUUGUUUUUUAUUGAAAGUAUUGGCAGGUUUGUGAUAUAUCUAGUAUGUUUGUUGCCUUUGUACAACAGCUGUGUGCAAUGAAAAAAUAUAUUUUACUUAAGUUAUCAAAAUUUUUGUCCUCACAGUGGAGGCUAGAUUUUUUUGUAUUUAUUUUUUGUCAACUGGGAGUAUAAUGAUAAUACAUUUUCCAUUCUUCAUUUUAUUUCUAAUCAUUCUUUGGCAAAGCACAGGAGAAAAGACUAGCAAAUUCAUUCAAUUUAAUUGAUGGUAGUAGACAUACAACCACUGCUUACUUUGUCUUGAUCUUUAAAUAGUUCAAGACUGCUUGCUAUUUCCUUAGCUAUCUCUGUCCAUUUAAAGCUGCCAAGUAAUCCUGUGUUAGUGGCAUUGAAAGUAAUAAUGUUUUCAUUAUUUUCUUUUCAGUCCUGUAUCUUUUGUUUGGUAGAAGUCAAUCAAGAGGCCGCAGCAUCAUCUUGGUUGGACUAACAGAUUCAGGAAAAACACUUCUUUUCAGCAGAGUGAGCUAGUUUCCUGUUCUUUAUGGGUCAACUGCUUUCUGCCCUUUUAAACGUUGUACUUACAUGCAUACAGUAGAACCCGGUUAACUCGAACUCUGAAGGGAAAUGAAAAACACUUCAAGGUAGCAAGGGUUCGAGUAAUCGGGGUUGACUGCAAAAUUCAAUUUUCAGUGUUAAAAAUUUAUAGUUACUGAAUUGUCAGCACUUCUGGCAGUGUAUGGUGCUAUGUAUACUGCAGUGAAAGUUUAACUUAUUUUAUCAAACGUGAUUAGGCAUUUUUUAUGAUAAAAUGUGAUCUGUUCGUUGCACCAUUAUUAAGUGUAAGUGUAAGUGUUAACUGGUGUUAGAUGUAGUGUUUUUACUGAUUUAUACAACAAGAAGAGCUAAUUGCCUUAAUGGCAUCCGGGUAGAGUUACAAGAACCAGAAUUUGAGUUAUCGGUGUAAUUUUCAGUGACUUUUUUAUCAAGGGAAAGGAAACUUACAGAUGUAGUUUGAUUUAGCACGGAAUCCAAGUUAUCCAAGCUCAAGUUAACCAAGUAAAAAUGACAGAAAAGUGGGGUGAAAUCCAAGGGAAAUGGGACUUAGUUCAAGUUAGCGGGGAGUUCAAGUCAUCCGAGUUCAAGUUAUUGGGGUCCUUACUGUGUUACAAACUGUACUCAGCCCAGGAUUGCGGGUGGCCUGUGAGAUAGUUAACGUAACUGUCAUCUAUACUCAGGAAAGUGACAAAAGUUACAUUAUCUUUCGGAUGGUACACUCGCAGGAACAUAGCAUCCAUAUGCACAUGUGUGCGUGUGCAUAAAGCUAAAACCUGGAAAAAUCAUUUGUUUAUUUACUGAAAGCAUUUUUAUCAUUAAAUCAAGAUGACUGAUAAAACUGUAUUUUAUAUUUUUUUUUAAGCUCUCUAGUGGAAAAUAUGUGAUGACCCACACAUCCAUAAAAGAAAACAGAGCCCAACAUAAGGUUAAAGGAAACCAGGUAAUCCCUAAAAAAAUUACUAACAGUAAUAUUAUUGGUUUAAUGAUAUUUACUUGAAUUUUACAUGUACAAUCAAUGCCCAAUGACUAAUUUUUUGUUGUCCUCUUUUAGCUCAUUUUUCUACCUCAAAAAAUGAAUCAUCAAUAAUCAUCUUUUUCUUAUGAUUUAGGCUUUAUUUGUUAAAAUCUGAAGGUGUCAUAUUGUGCCUAAGAAGUCAGACAUUCCUCUUUCCUCACCAUUACCACAGCAAAUGAAGCAAAACUAGAUGGGAAAAAUUUAUGAUUUGAUUUUGACAUAAAUGAUGGACGACCUUUGAUAUUAGUCCAAGGGUACCCAGUUAAAUCACAUAAGCUUGAAGGUUAGCAUAGCUGUGGCUACAAUGCAUAGUGAAAUCCCUUUUUAGUUUUAAUCUAUGAGGAUUUAUUUAUUCAUUUAUUUACUGAUACAUUUUUACAACUGACAUUUUUCAUUACUAUUCUAUUCACAGAGUGGUAAAAUUCUAGACUUGAUAGAUCUCCCAGGUCACGAGAAACUUAGAACAAGGUUUCUAGAACAGUACAAGGACCAAGCAAGGUCAGUAGUACCAGUAGACCAAGGACAGAGAGCCAUAAUCCACAACACCUGUUACAGCUGAGCUCUCAUGGUGUGUUCAAAGUGGGAACCUAAGCGUUAAAAACAAGAUCAGAUAAACUUUGUCAAGGGCCCUGGAAUAGGUUUUAUUGGGAUUGUUCUCCUCUGCCAUUUUUGUUUGGUGGCCUGUUCCACUGAAAGAAAAGUUUGGCUGAUUAAUUUUUUCAUCCAGCUCAGAAGUCAGUUGAAAUGGCUUCACUAAACAUUUACUAUCACCAACCGAGCUUGCAUCAGUUUUUGGUGCCCCUAAAGAAGUAUUUUGGAAUGAACUAUACCCAGUUGCCAGCACAAUCUAACCAAAUAAGGAAACUAAACUAAAAGAAACUAGGCAAAGCAAGGAAAAUAAAUUCUGCAUGGUUCAAACAGAUUAUCCCAGUCAACAGCCUGAAAAAACAGCUGACAUUUUGCAAUGCUAUAACUGGCUUGCCCACAAAAUGAUAUUUGAGAAAGGACUGCGGUAAUUCCAUACUGUUGACGUAUCACUAGCCACAUUUGGUUAGUGCUUCUGAUUGCUCAUGCAGCAAGGGAAACUUUCUUCAAUCAAUCUGAAGCCCUGUAUCCAAACCUGGGUAGUACACAUCAUCAGUUUGGAAUAACUGCAGUCAUUCCUCAGAGGUCAUUUCACACGGCAACCAGGGAUGAGUACAUUGUGAAAUGUCAUCUGUUUUCUAAGGCUACACAGUUGAAGGUCACCUUAGUUUCUUUACUCCUUUAGGUUGUAGUAUGGAAACUAGAGAAGGAAACAGAAUCAUCACCAAAGUUAAAUGUUACUGUCAUGAUUUUUGAGACAAAUUACUCUCAUUUGUGGUACAUGAAAUGUUUGGAAAUUAGUGAGCUUUAAGUAGGGUUCUUUUCUUUGGUAAUAGCACCAUUAGAAAAUCAUGAGGUUUUUACUGCUUCAGUAAAAUGUGACCUCAAACUGACUUGCAUUUUAUUAAAUUAAUAACUUUUCUUUUCCAGAGGAAUCCUGUUUGUUGUUGAUAGUGUGAACUUUCCAAGAGAGCAACGAGAUGUUGCUGAGUAAGUACCCAUCCAGUUGAUAGUAACAGAGUAAUAUAUAGAAGGACUAUACUUUAAUUUCAGUAUACUCUAAUACAGAGUUUUGGAGUCUCUCUUCAGAUUAACUGUCUGGUUACAUAAAGGCCUGAGCAUUUUCAAUUUCGGACUGUUAUUUUUUUUCUUUAACUGAGAUCUAUUGGUUCUGGACUGGGACUGAACUCACAAGAUGAGUCCCAGGACUCACCAUAACAGUUUGUAACAAAAUCACUGCUAGUUAUUUCCCAUUGAUGUAUGUCUUCGAGAUAGUUAACUGUACAUAUAAUAAACAUUUUAAAGUAAUAGUGUACCCUGCUCGCACCCUCAUUUCUAGAGUUCCCUUCCACUCAACCCACAGAGCGAGAGAGAGUAACAAGUAGGAGUGUACCCUGGGAUUAAGGUUGCCCCGCUCGCAGAGGUUUCUUUCAGGCAUGGUUUUUAGCAUGUACAAAGUAGUUUUCUCUGCUGUUAUUCGAGUUACGUAAAAGAAGCCAACUACGCGAAUCACACAGGGACACCUAACAACGUUUUUUCUUUAAAAUAACUGUUCGAAGGAGCAAAUACGACCUGGAAAUUUCUAAAGAUCGAGAAAGGCUGAAAAUUUAUGGAUAACCAUUUCAUUCGUCAGAUAUUUGGAGUUUUUCCGCAAACUUACCCACGAUUUUCCGAUGUUGUGUUUUUCACAUUUUAUUACCUUGUAGAUAUUUCGAUUACUGUUAAGAAAAUUUCGGCAUAAAGACAAAAUGUACCCUACGAUUUUUAUCAUGAAAGCAUGGCUACCCCAUGUUCUCAGAAUUUCGACCCCACCCAUCAGGCUACUGCAGCCAAAGGUUUAGAGACGCAAAAGCCACUUUCGAGACGACAAAAGUUCCCCAAAGACAUUUGAAGAGAUAACCAGUUUUUAAGGCAAUUCCAAAUUAUCCAAAAAAGCUUCUUAAGCAUAGAGAAUACUUUAUGAGACACUUGUCGUUGGAUGCCCCUGACAUGAAUAACUUCGUAUGUGCUAAAACCAUGCCAGAAAGAAACCACUGCUAAGAGGGUAAAGAAAUGGUAGACUUUCCAUUGGUUUUUUCAGGGUCAUGUAUGACAUUCUUGGUGAUAAGCGGUUUUCCAAGUCUGCGGUAUCAAUUCUGGUCGUUUGCAAUAAACAAGGUUAGUUCUCGACAGAAAAUUUCAACAUAAUUAAGACGUUUUCUGGCUGAUAACUUUGUUCUUGUGUCAAAUGUUUACUUUAUCAAACUUGUGUUAGAAGUUAUAUUCUGUUGUUUCACCAAAUGAAUUUUUUUCACCCGUGUUUUCAUUGGUUUGAUCACGUAUGUUUUUCUCUUCAGACCUUACAACGGCCAAAUCACAAAGUGUUAUAAAGUCUCAGCUGGAAAAAGAAAUGUGAGUAGUGCUUAAAAAUUUUACUUUGAUUUUUUUUCAGUAACUUUACUGGUGUUAUGGUUCAAAGUUUUGCGUUUGUGGAUACAUUUUUGAGCUGUGACCAUUCAAAUGAAAACUGUUGAGUGGUACUUUCUUGAGAAAUUGUUUUCUAUGCUUUGUAUAUGGUGGACCUAACAAUUCCGAUUAGACGGUCUUUCUCUAACCACUGGAUUUACAACUCGGAUCAUUUUUUUUCCCGUGAAAAGGGGGGGGGGGCUAUUAAAGAGGGGGUGCUUAACAGAGGAUUUACAGUAAAUAAGUUAAUUUUUGUUUUUUUGUUUUUUAUUGAAAGCAUUUGCAGGUUUGUGAUGUAUCUGGUACGUUUGUUGCCUUUGUACAACAGCUGUGUGCAAUAAAAAAUAUAUAUUUUACUUAAGUUAUCAAAAUUUUUCUCCUCAUAGUGUAGGCUAGAUUUUUUUUGUGUUUCUUUUUCGGUCACUCUUGGAGUAUAAUGUUAUUACAUUUUCCAUUCUUCAUUUUAUUUCUAAUCAUUCCUUGGCAAAGCACAGAAGAAAAGACUAGCAAAUCCAUUCAAUCUGAUUGGUGGUAGUAGACAUACAACCUCUGCUUACUUUGUCUUGAUCUAUAAAUAGUGCAAGACUGCUUGCUAUUUCCUUAGCUAUCUCCGUACAUUUAAAGCUGCCAAGUAAUCCUGUGAUAGUGGCAUUGAAAGUAAUAAUGUUUUCAUUAUUUUCUUUUCAGUCCUGUAUCUUUUGUUUGGUAGAAGUCAAUCAAGAGGCCGCAGUAUCAUCUUGGUUGGACUAACAGAUUCAGGAAAAACACUUCUUUUCAGCAGAGUGAGCUAGUUUCCUUGUUCUUUAUGGGUGAACUGCUUUCUGCCCAGCUUUUAAACAUUAUUCUUACAUGCAUACAGUAGAACCCCUGUAACUCGAACUCUGAACGGAAAUGAAAAACAGUUCCAGUUAGCAAGGGUUCAAGUAAUCGGGGACCGGGGGUUCAUUGCAAAAUUCAAUUUUCAGUGUUGAAAAUUUAUAGCUACUGAAUUUUCAGCACUUCUGGCAGUGUAUAGUGCUACUGCAGUGCCAUUAAGUUUAACUUAUUUUAUCAGUAACGGUAACAUGAUUAGGCAUUUUUUAUGAUAAAAUGUGAUCUGUUCAUUGCACCAUUGGGUUAUUCCAGAAAAAAUCCACACCCCCCCGACGGAUGGGGUCCUUUUUUAACCCCCCCUCUCACCUGGAUUUCCUGAAGCACAAGACCCCCCCUCCCAACUGGAUUUCCAAGGUGGAAGACCCCCCCUCCCGCCUGGAUUUCCGGGAAAAAAAUAAAAGGCUUAAAUUUAAUUUAUUUUUAAUGGAAAAUACACGCAAACACGUCUAAAUGUUUUUGUUUUAAUUUCUAAAGCUUCAGCUUAUAUUAAACUAAGAAUUCUAUCGCGUGGAACUAAAAACGAAAGGAGCAAAAAACAAAAAUGCGAACGACACCUGAACGAGUGUUUACAUAAUUUCUUAGCUUAUAAAAAUCAGUGACCUUUUUCUUUCUUUGCGCUAAAUAUGAAUAUCCAUUCCUUUACGAGACAUAAGGCAGCCGGCAGCAUGCGUGUCAGUCUCGUCCACUGAAGAUCGAGAUUUUGUAACUGUUGUAAAUCAACGAAAUCUUUCAAAGAACGAAAGUCUACAUUUGUUAAUCGUUACAAUUAUUUUCUAACUUAAAGAAUGGAUGACUUCAUUUGCACAUCCUACCUUCAAGAUCUGUAGUUCUACUGUGCACUGGAAGGGAAGUUCAAAUUCGCGUUAUAAACAGCUUUCUUAGUCGGCCAUAGUUACAAAGGUCGUUUCGCUUUCGUUUAAAUCGGAGAGGCAACAGUCAUGCUGAAGAGAAUGCAGCCAAGACAAAAGCACUUGAAAUAGCUCCCAUUCAUGAAAUGAAAUUUUAACAUGUUCAUCCAACGAAUUAUUUUAAAACCGGAUUAAGAUGGCUUUCAGAUUCAUCCAAAUACAAAGUCCGCUAUGAACAAAUUCUUCACCAGGCUCUUGCAGAUUUGGCGCCUGUUUGUUUUGUUCUCUCUACAGUUAUUUGUUAGUGAAAGUUUAGUUUUUGUUCAGCGGUAGAAAUUAUACGAACUUGAUAAAAAUAUGUUCAGUUUAUGAUUUUUGACGAUCGAUAUCUUUCUAAUUGGCAUCAGAAAUAUGAAUUUAACACGUUGAUUUUGUAAGCCAGCGCGAGCGGCGAGCACAGCACAAAAGAGUAUCUUGGCUGCAGUUAUUCACUAGCGAAAGUGUUGUUUUUGUUUAUAAAUAGAAUAGUUUUGAUUUAAAAUUCUUUACAGUACAAAAUUGAUCAAAUUUUCAAGGUAAUUUCGUACCCACAGAGAUAUUGGGAACAUAGUUGUAAAAAAAAAGAGACUGAUUUUUAUAGUAACACUAUUUUAUACAUGUUUGUUGCACCAUAUAUUUGCAAAUAAACUCGUUCUUGUAGUUAAAUGUUCACUUUUUUUCUGGUAAAGGUAAAUACGAAAUAAAUUGUGGCUGUAAGUAAUAAGCAUCUGUUAAAGCAGAAGCUAGUACGGCAGCAGAGGUCUCGGAGGGGUCAAAUACACAAACCUGAGGGAAAUUAUUUAGCCAGAAAAACAAACCUUGCAACAAAGACACUGGAAUUUGACGUUUUUCUUUCAAGGACUUUUUAAAUAUUUGAAAAAGAGGCAAACUAGGCUGAUAAUUUAAAAAGUAAACCUUAAAAAAUACAAAGUGCGAAUGCGUGAACGUGAAUCAGUUGUUUUUUUUAUUUUUAUUUACACCAAACAACCGAGAUUUCAAAGUUAUACACUGUGGCGCGCAGGCUCUGGGUACGAGUAGAAAUGUGUCAGGCGUUUCACGCUCUUCGCGCGCGGGCUCUGGGUACGAGUAGAAAUGUGUCAGGCGUUUGACGCUCUUCGUGACAACAACGUUGCGACGAGUUCCUUCAGGCCCGUUCUUUAGUAUCUUGUUCGCGUUUUCUGCUAUAAAAGGACCUGUAAAGCAACUUAGAUUAUCAUUUAUGUCAGGUGAGAAAUAUAUGAACAAAACAUUUUGACUAUUUUCAGGGUCUGAAAGCGCUUAAGUGUCAUCGAACUAAACGUUUGAUUUGUAUCAACUAUCGGUCGAAAUGACCCCUGCAGAAGACUGUUUUAAGGUCAACCCCCCCUCCCGCCUGGAUUUCCGGAGUCUUCAACCCCCCCUCCCGCGAGAAUUUCCAGAAUCCCAUCCGUCGGGGGGGUGUGGAUUUUUUCUGGAACAACCCAUUAUUAAAAUCAAAUUGCUGUAAGUGUUAACCAGUGUUAGAUGUAGUGUUUUUACUGAUUUAUACAACAAGAAGAGUUAAUUGCCUUAAUAGCAUCCGAGUAGAAUUACAAGAACUAGAAUUUGAGUUAUUGGUGUAAUUUUCAGUGACUUUGUUAUCAAGGGAAAGGAAAUUUUGAUUGAGUUAGAGGGGAAUUCGAGUUAUCCAAGCUUGAGUUAACCGAGGAAAAGUGGGGUGAAAUCCAAGGAAAAUGGGACUUUGUUCAAGUUAGUGGAGAGUUCGAGUCAUCUGAGUUCAAGUUAUUGGGGUCCUUACUGUGUUACAAACUGUACUCAGCCCAGGUUGGCAGGUGGCCUGUGAGAUAAUUAACAUAACUGGCAGCUGUAUGCAGGAAAGUGGCAAUAGUUACAUUAUCUCUCGGAUGGUACACGCAGGAACAUAGCAUUCAUAUGCACAUGUGCACCUGUGCAUAAAGCUAAAACCUGGAAAAAAUCAUUUGUUUAUUUACUGAAAGCAUUUUUAUCAUUAAAUCAGGAUGACUGAUAAACCUGUAUUUUAUAUAUUUUUUUAAGCUCUCUAGUGGAAAAUAUGUGAUGACCCACACAUCCAUAAAAGAAAACAGAGAUCAACAUAAGGUUAAAGGAAACCAGGUAAUCCCUAAAAAAAUGACUAACAGUAAUAUUAUUGGUUUAAUGAUAUUUACUUGAAUUUAACAUGUACAAUCAAUGCCCAAUGACUAAUAUUUUGUUCUCUUCUUUUAGCUCAUUUUUCUACCUCAAAAAAUGAAUCAUCAAUAAUCAUCUUUUUUCUUAUGAUUUGAGCUUUAUUUGUUAAAAUCUGAAGGUGUCAUAUUGUGCCUAAGAAGUCAGACAUUCCUCUUUCCUCACCAUACCACAGCAAAUGAAGCAAAACUAGAUGGGAAAAAUUUAUCAUUUGAUUUUGACAUAAAUGAUGGACGACCUUUGAUAUUAGUCCUACGGUACCCAGUUAAAUCAUAUAAGCUUAAAGGUUAGCAUAGCUGUGGCUAAAAUGCAUAGUAAAAUCCCUUUUUAGUUUUAAUCUAUGAGGAAAAGUUUAUUUAUUCAUUUAUUUAUUGAUACAUUUGUAAAACUGACAUUUUUCAUUAUUAUUCUAUUCUCAGAGUGGUAAAAUUCUAGACUUGAUAGAUCUCCCAGGUCACGAGAAACUUAGAACAAGGUUUCUAGAACAAUACAAGGACCAAGCAAGGUCAGUAGUACCAGUAGCCAAGGACAGAGAGCCAUAAUCCACAACACCUGUUACAGCUGAGCUCUCAUGGUGUGUUCAAAGCGGGAAACUAAGAAGAGUUAAAAACAAGAUAAACUUUGUCAAGGGCCGUGGAAUAGGUGUUAUUGGGAUUGUUCUCCUCUGCCAUUUUUGUUUGGUGGCCUGUUCCUUGGAAAGAAAAGUUUGGCUGAUUAAUUAUUUCAUCCAGCUCCGAAGUCAGUUGAAAUGGCUUCACUCAACUGUUAAGAUCACCAACCAAGUUUUUAGUGCACCUAGUGAAGUGUUUUGGAAUGAACUAUACCCAGUUGCAAGCACAGUCUAACCAAAUAAGGAAACUAAACUAAAAGAAACUAGGCAAAGCAAGGAAAAUAAAUUCUGCUUGGUUUAAACAGAUUAUCCCAGUCAACAGCCUGAAAAAACAGCUGACAUUUUGCAAUGCUAUCACUCGCUUCCCAUGAAAUGAUAUUUGAGAAAGGACUGCUGUAAUUCCCUACUGUUGACAAGUCACUACCCACAUCUGGGUAGUUCUUCUGAUUGGUCAUGCAGCAGGGGAAACUUUCUUCAAUCAAUCAGAAGUCCUAUCAAGACAACCCUCCAAGUUGCAACCGUUUUAGCCGCUAUGGUGCCUAAAAUUUUGAAACUGGUGACUUGAUUUGUAAAAAAAGUCUCCCUAAACCAAAAGAAUCAGUCGCCAAAUGGCAACCAACCAAAAACUUUAACUUGGAGGGUUGCCAGACCUGGGUAGUAACAUCAUCAGUUUGGAAUUUCCGCAGUCAUUCCUCAGAGGUCGUUUCUCAGGGCAACCAGGGGUAAGUACGUGUGAAAUGUCAGCUGUUUUCUAGGGCUACCCAGUCAAAGGUCAGCUUAGUUUCAUAACUCCUUCAGGUUGUAGUAUGGAAAGAGAAGGAAACAGGAUCAUCACCAAAUUUUAAUAUUACCGUCAUGAUUUUUGAGACAAAUUACUCUCAUUAGUGGUACAUGAAAUGUAUGGAAAUUAGUGAGCUUUAAUUAGGGCUAACUUCUAUGGUAAUAACACCAUUAGAAAAUCAUGAGGUUUUUACUGCUUCAGUAAAAUAUGACCUCAAACUGGCACAUUCUAGUUGCAUUUUAUUAAAUUAAUAACUGUUCUUUUCCAGAGGAAUCCUGUUUGUUGUUGAUAGUGUGAACUUUCCAAGAGAGCAACGAGAUGUUGCUGAGUAAGUACCCCUCCAGUUGAUGGUAACAAAAUAAUAUAUAGAAGGACUAUAUUGUAAUUUCAGUACACUCUAAUACAGAAUUUUGGAGUCUCUCUUCAAAUUAACUGUCUGGUUACAUAAAGGCCUAACCAUUUUCAAUUUUGGACUGUACAUUUUUUUCUUUCCCUGGGAUUUAUUGGUUCUGGACUGGGACUCAUGACUUUUCACAAGAUGAGUCCCAGGACUCAACAUAACUGUUUGUAACAAAAUCACUGCUAGUGAUUUCCCAUUGAUGUAUGUCUUAGAGAUAGUUUACUGUACAUAUAAUUUUAAAGUAAUAUGGUACCCUGCUCGCACCCUCAUUUCUAGAGUUCCCUCCCACUCGACCCACAGAGCGAGAGAGAGAGUAACAAGUAGGAGCAUACCCUGGGAUUAAGGUUGCCCUUCUCGCAGGCAUGGUUUCUAGCAUGUACGAAGUAGUUUUCCCUGCUGUUAUUCGAGUCACACAGGGACACCUAACAACUUUUUUUCUUUAAAAAAAACUGUUCGAAGGAGCAAAUACUGCCUGAAAAUUUCUAAAGGUCGAGAAAGGCUGAAAAUUUAUGGAUAACCAUUCCAUUCGUCAGAUAUUUGGAGUUUUUCCGCAAACUUACCCACGAUUUUCCGAUUUUGUGUUUUUCACAUUUUAUUACCUUGUAGAUAUUUCGAUUACUGUUAAGAAAAUUUCGGCAUAAAGACAAAAUGUACCCUACGAUUUUUAUCAUGAAAGCAUGGCUACCCCGUGUCCUCAGAAUUUCGACCCCACCCAUCAGGCUACUGCAGCCAAAGGUUUAGAGACGCAACAGCCACUUUCGAGACGACAAAAGUUCCCCUAAGACAUUUGAAGAGAUAACCAGUUUUUAGGGCAAUUCCAAAUUAUCCAAAAAAGCUUCUUAAGCAUAGAGAAUACUUUAUGAGACACUUGUCGUUGGAUGCCCCUGACAUGAAUAACUUCGUAUGUGCUAAAACCAUGCCAGAAAGAAACCACUGCUAAGAGGGUAAAGAAAUGGUAGACUUUCCAUUGGUUUUUUCAGGGUCAUGUAUGACAUUCUUGGUGAUAAGCGGUUUUCCAAGUCUGCGGUAUCAAUUCUGGUCGUUUGCAAUAAACAAGGUUAGUUCUCGACAGAAAAUUUCAACAUAAUUAAGACGUUUUCUGGCUGAUAACUUUGUUCUUGUGUCAAAUGUUUACUUUAUCAAACUUGUGUUAGAAGUUAUAUUCUGUUGUUUCACCAAAUGAAUUUUUUUCACCCGUGUUUUCAUUGGUUUGAUCACGUAUGUUUUUCUCUUCAGACCUUACAACGGCCAAAUCACAAAGUGUUAUAAAGUCUCAGCUGGAAAAAGAAAUGUAAGUAGUGCUUAAAAAUUUUACUUUGAUUUUUUUUCAGUAACUUUACUGGUGUUAUGGUUCAAAGUUUUGCGUUUGUGGAUACAUUUUUGAGCUGUGACCAUUCAAAUGAAAACUGUUGAGUGGUACUUUCUUGAGAAAUUGUUUUCUAUGCUUUGUAUAUGGUGGACCUAACAAUUCCGAUUAGACGGUCUUUCUCUAACCACUGGAUUUACAACUCGGAUCAUUUGAAACCAAUUCAUAAUGUCUGCGGCAGUUGUUUAAACUCAUUUUGGUCUUGUAAGUGUACUCGAUUACAACUGAGAAAUGCCUUUUAAAAUGCGGUAUGCUAAAACGUCUGUGAAUUUGGGGCGAGGGGAACUAAAAAGUAGUCGGUUGCUUCGUUUUAUCAAACAGUGUCUUGUAUUAGUUCCAGUUGAGUGUAUACUUUUUAAAAUCCAUUCUUGUGAUUAUGUUUCUAGUAACACUCUCCGAGUCACUCGAGCCGCUGCCCUGCAAGGUCAAGAUGGCGGCUCAACCACUACCGCUGGGUAUGUCGGGAAGAAAGGCAAGGAUUUUGAGUUUGGUCACGUGUUACCCAUCCAGGUGGAGUUCGCCGAGUGUAGUGCCAAAGGACAAGCGGAGGGAGAGGCUGAUUUAGAUGCAGUGGAAAAAUGGCUUGAAAAGAUUGCUUGAAAACUGACAUCGCUAUGUGCAGGAAAUCAAAAAUAUUGUGAAAGAGGAGAAAUAAAGUCUACUUUAAAUUAUUAGAUUUGCUAUCUUCCCUCCCACACUUUCC